AUGAUAAUUAACCCUCAACUGAGAGAUAGUCUUAAGAAGCAAAUCCGUGAAGACCCAACUAAACUUGAUCCAUGCUACUUUUGUGGAGAAAAGUUUAAGAGGCUAAGCAAAGAAGAAAUAUCCAAGGAGUUUAAAGACAGACCAAACAUGGCUGUAUUCCACCAUGAUCACUGUUCGGGAAAGUUCGUUGCCCUUGCUCACAAUCGAUGCAACUUGGAGGCAUCAAUCAGCACGAUAUCUCCAUGUUUCAUUCACAAUCUCAAGUCUUACGAUUCCCACUUCCUUGUGCAAGCAUUCGACGAGACGAUGGAGGCGACAAUAAUACCGUGUUCUUCAGAAAAGUUUAUGUCGUUUACAGUGAAUAAACAAAUUAGAUUUUGUGACUCGUUUUCAUUCUUGAGUUCCUCGUUAGAAAAUCUUACAAACACUUUAAAGAAGAACAACACGGACGAUUUCAAGCUUACCAAGGAGAUUUUCGGCAAAGCAGAAAAUGUAAUGAAACUUUACAACCGUGGAGGAACUGAUCAAGAAAUUCAAGAGUUGGGACAGCAAAUCAAUGUAGACUUGCUGCUACAGAAAGGUGCCUAUCCAUAUACACAUAUGCAAUCGCCUGCGAAUUUUGAGGAGACCCAACUUCCACCAAUCAGGGAGUUUUACAACGAUCUGAAUGACCAGCCACUAGAUCAGAAAGUAUAUGAUCAUGCUAAACAAGUCUGGGAGAGUUUCAACGUGCAAAAUCUUGGAGAUUGGCAUCUCUACGUACUCCUAGAUGUGACGUUGCUAGCUGAUUGUAUGGAGAGGAGCAGAGAAAUUCUCUGGGACUCUUACAACUUGGACUUGGCUCACUAUUUUAGUCUGCCAAUGAUCGCGUAUGAUGCAUGCUGCAAGAUGGGGAAAGCCAAACUGGACUAUGUCGAUGUUACAAUGCAUUGUUGGUUCGAAACAGCACUUCGAGGUGGUGUGUGCGGUGUUGGUGGAGUUCGCGCAGCCGAGGCGAAUAACAAGUAUAUGGGAGAGAAGUACGAUGAGACAAAGACUGACAGUUACAUUUCGUUCCUCGAUAUUAAUAACCUCUACGGAUCAGCAAUGUGUUCUGCUCUUCCUGAAAAAGACUACAAGUGGUUAACUGAAUAUGAGCUGAGCAGAGUACGGGCCAAUCCAAACGCCUUCGUAAAUUCUCUGCAAGACGAUGCAGAGACUGGUUACUUCUUCGAAGUGAAUCUUGAGAUACCGCCAGAGAUUCAUAACAAGCUAAACGACUACCCGCCAGCCCCAACCAAGAGAUGUGUGAAUAAGGACGAAGUGGCCCCACACCAGCAUCAGCAGAUUCAAGAUCUCCAAGUACCUGAAUCUAUGUUCAAGAACGCAAAACUUGUAGCUGACCUGCUGCCCAAACAGCACUAUGUGACACACUAUCGUAACUUGAAGAUGUACAUCAAGCUUGGACUUGUCAUUACGCAAGUUCAUCGUGCGGUCAAAUUUACGCAGAGGGCCUGGAUGAAACCGUUUAUCUUGUUCAACACCGAAAUGAGGAAGAAGGCAAUCACAGACUUUGAAAAAGACUUUUUCAAGUUGCUUAACAAUUCUUCAUUCGGAAAAACAAUAGAACAGAAAAGAAAACGAACGUCAAUAACAGUCGUCACCACAGAAAGGCAGCUCAAGAAGAUUGUCAACAAACCCACUUAUCAGCGAAUAAUUACCAUUAACGAUAAAGUGCAUCUGGGUGUGAAGAAAGUGACUCAAGUGCUUUUGGAUAAACCAGUUGCUGUUGGAAUCUCUAUUCUAGAGAUUUCAAAGUGUUUCAUGUAUGAGUUCCAUUAUGAUUACACGAAGGAAAAGUACGGCGACAAGGCCAGAGUUCUCUACGGUGACACGGAUUCCUUAGUCUACCACGUGGAAACUCAGGAUUUGUAUCAAGACAUGGUGGAGAACAAGGAACGUUUUGAUUUGAGCGACUAUGCUGGAAUGCAUUCUCACUUAAAUAAUCAAGAAAACAAGAAGCGCCUCGGCAAGAUGAAGGACGAAAUGCCAAAAAGUGUAAUUUUUCGAUUUGCGGCAUCAAAACCAAAAAUGUACGGAGCUCAAGCACUUUCAAUUGAAGACGGAAAGAUGACCAUAUAUACCAAAAAAGUGGCCAAGGGGAUCAAGAAAGCCGCAAUCGCCAAUCAAAUCACGUUUGACCAAUAUUGGAAAGUAUUGGACGAAAAUAUUCAAACCAGUGUGGUGAUUAAAUCAAUUCUAAGCCGGAAACAUGUGCUUCGAACGAGUGCAACUAUAAAGAAGGGUCUAAAUGGCUUUGAUACGAAACGUUGUGUCAUUGAUCAUUUGACUACGUUAGCACACGGACAUAAAGAUAUUCCCUUGUAUGUAUGA